CUACUGAGCUGUCAUCUCAUGUUCUGUUCUUCUCCGAAGGUGACUUCAACAUCUUCUAGUUCCAUUUUGCAUUAUUCAACUUGCAUGCAUAGUUGAUCUUCAAUUUUCUUCAUUUCGGGAGAUGAUGAUGGGUGGGAUGAAGCAGCCAAGAAUGCUCUUUUGCUCUUUGCUUGUUCUUGCAAUCUUUCAGCUAGCAGUGUCAGAUGAGCACCAACCACUCUCAAAAAUUGUCAUUCAUAAAACAACACUUGCUCUUGAUGAACGUGCGUAUAUCAAAGCCACUCCUAAUAUCCUUGGCUUAAGGGGACAAAAUUCAGAAUGGGUUACACUGCAAUAUAGUAAUCCAAAACCCACAAUAGAUGACUGGAUUGGAGUGUUUUCUCCUGCAAACUUUAGUGCUUCUACCUGCCCUGCAGAAAACAUACAAACAAAUCCCCCAUUGUUGUGUUCUGCACCAAUCAAGUAUCAAUAUGCCAAUUUCUCCAGUCAUGGUUACAAGAACACAGGCAAAGGUUCCUUGAAGCUUCAGCUGAUUAAUCAGAGAUCUGACUUUUCAUUUGCUCUGUUCACGGGUGGCUUAACAAAUCCAAAACUCGUUGCUGUGUCAAAUAAAGUGUCAUUCAUCAAUCCAAAUGCACCAGUAUAUCCACGAUUAGCACAAGGGAAAACAUGGGAUGAAAUGACUGUAACAUGGACAAGUGGAUAUGGAAUCAGUGAAGCUGAGCCUUUUGUUGAAUGGGGCCCUAAAGGAGGGAACUUUGUGAAAUCUCCUGCCGGGACACUAACUUUUGAUCACAACACCGUGUGUGGUGCACCUGCAAGGACUGUUGGAUGGCGUGACCCAGGAUACAUACACACUAGUUUUCUGAAGGAGCUGUGGCCCAACCGAGAGUACAUAUACAAACUAGGACAUAGAUUAUUUAAUGGUACAAUAAUUUGGAGUCAAGAAUAUUGGUUUAAAGCAUCUCCUUAUCCUGGUCAAAAUUCCUUACAACGUGUAGUCAUAUUUGGUGAUAUGGGAAAGGCAGAAGCUGAUGGCUCCAAUGAAUACAACAAUUUCCAGCCUGGCUCGCUCAACACUACUAAGCAAAUUAUUCAAGACUUAAAAGACAUAGAUAUAGUCUUCCACAUUGGUGAUAUUUGCUAUGCUAAUGGAUACCUUUCACAAUGGGACCAGUUUACUGCACAAAUUGAGCCAAUUGCAUCAACUUUGCCUUAUAUGAUAGCAAGUGGCAAUCACGAACGUGACUGGCCAGGGACUGGAUCAUUUUAUGGGAACAUGGAUUCAGGUGGUGAAUGUGGUGUACUGGCUCAGAACAUGUUUUAUGUUCCUGCAGAGAACCGGGAAAAAUUCUGGUACUCAGUUGACUAUGGCAUGUUCAGAUUCUGCAUAGCUCACACAGAAUUUGAUUGGAGAGAAGGAUCAGAACAGUAUAAAUUCAUUGAAAAUUGCCUAGCAUCAGUUGACAGACAGAAACAGCCAUGGUUGAUAUUUCUUGCACAUAGGGUACUUGGUUAUUCUUCUGCAGGGUUCUAUGUGGCAGAAGGAUCCUUUGAAGAACCAAUGGGAAGGGAGGACCUUCAAAGUCUCUGGCAAAAGUAUAAGGUCGACAUAGCCAUGUAUGGACAUGUCCAUAACUAUGAAAGGACAUGCCCAGUGUAUCAGAAUAUCUGCACCAAUAAAGAGAAGCACAAUUACAAGGGCUCUUUGAAUGGUACUAUACAUGUAGUGGUUGGGGGAGGAGGAGCAUCCUUAGCAGAAUUUGCCCCAAUAAACACCACAUGGAGUAUAUUUAAAGACCAUGACUUUGGAUUUGUCAAGCUUACAGCAUUUGACCACUCAAACCUGUUGUUUGAGUACAAGAAAAGCAGUGAUGGACAAGUUUAUGACUCUUUCAGAAUAUCCAGGGAGUACAGGGACAUCUUGGCUUGCACUGUUGAUAGUUGUUCACCUACAACACUAGCAUCUUGAUCUAAAACCAAAACGUAUUUGUUGAUAUUGUAUUUUUUUUUUUUCAGCCGGUUGAAUAAAAUGUUCCUAUAUGAUCCCAUAAUUACGUGAACUAUA